GAGAAAUGCUCUCUCUCUCUUUCCCGCUGAUUGACAACGCGGCUGUAUGAGAAAUCCCUUAACAUGAAUAAACCCUCCCUCUUUCUCUUUCAGAUGGCAUCUUCUUCUCUUCUCUCUUUCUAGGGUUUCUUUUCUACUCUAUUUCUCUCUCUCGAUGUCUCUUGGGGACACCGCCUCCCUCAAUCCAACGGCCACGAUCGACCCACACCACCGCUUCAUCGCCUCAUCCAAGAGAAAAUUCGACGACUACGAUGGAAGCCCCACCACCGACGGCGAUCUGAUCAACGUACGGAUGAAAAAGGACGAAGAAUCCAUCAAGGGCGAUCAUCGCUUCUCCUUCGAAUUCGAUACUCAUCCUCUCUCCAGAUGCACCUUCGCGUCGGAUAAUCGCAGCUGCAGCAGUAGCAGCAGCGGAAUCUCCGCCGUCCAUUUCUUCGUCCGUAUGAUCAACGGCGGGAACACGAUCGUCAUCCAUGCUGACUCUGCUGACUCGAUUGACUCCGUCCAUGAGCAGAUCCGACGGAUCACCGGCAUCCCGACCGCCGAGCAGCGGCUCCUCUACCUUGGCCGUCAGCUCCAGGGGGACCGAUCCCUGGCCGAUUAUGAAAUCUGUACGGACUCCACCCUUCAUCUGGUGGGCCGCAUGCGGAGCACCCAGCAUCCGCGAUCGUGGCAGGUGGUGAAUGAUAUCGUGCACUGGGUGACCCGACUCUGCCGUGGCGACAGUGUCCCGACGAACGCUGUCCGGUCCCGUGUCAAGGAGCUACUCCGCAUGUGCCCACGCGAUGAUGAGAUGACUGCUGGCCACAUCCAGGUCUUUAAGCUUGCCGGUGUCCCGUCGGCUCUUGUGAUGCUGUUUCUGUCCCCUGUGAAAGGUAACCGUGAGAUUGCCGAGGAGUCAAUUCGUUUGUUUUUGAAUCCGCAUAUAGAUAGCUUGACGAAGAAGGUGCAGAACCAGUGCGCGUCUAUAGUUCUGGAAUUCUGCCAGUUGCUUUUUAGAACUGCCCAUGAUGACCCACUGUAUGUGUUGUGCCGGAGCACUCUCGCGACACUGUUGGAAUCCAUGGGCGCGGCUCAUGGGUCCGAGUUUUUUGAAUACAAGAAGUCAUCCAUUGUGAUUCAUGAGUUCUUCCCAUUCGCAAAUGAGCUGGCAUGCAACGUUUCGAGAGGUUUGGAGUUGAUGACGAAGUUAACGAAUUGCAGUCCAAUCCCUGCCAGUGAUCUGCGAGACUUUGCUGCAUUCUCACUCACGCUGCGUCUUGCUAUUGAGGACCGGGUUGGUGGCCAGUUCCCGAUUCCUGUGGGUUCUCAUGAGGGCAGUAGUAAGCAGCCAUUUUAUGAGGAUGAGAUCAGAUUGUUUCAUGGGCUUUUCAUGGAGCUGCUGGAAAAAAUCGACCAGUGUCUGAAGAAGGUGGAGGACUAUUUGUUUGCGAAUGGGACGGCCGAGAGUGACCGUCCUGUGAAGGACUAUUUGUUUGCGAAGGUGAUGGUCGAGGUUGACCGCCAUCGGACUGAGUGGUCCCAGUAUCUUGCUGUUCUCAAAGAAUUGGAUGCCAUUUCGAGACUCUAUGAAGGGGCAUGGGAGAAACUCCGAGCCAUUUUGCGGGGCCGACGGUUUCCAUUGAACACACUUGUUAGGUAUGCUAAGCGGAGUGAUGACCAUCUUUGGCUGCUCGAGCACAAGGAUGUGACGGAUUUUGAGACAAGGAGGCAUUUGGUGAUGAUGAUGUUCCCUGAUGUGAAGGAAGAGUUUGAGGAGCUUCAUGAGAUGCUUAUUGACAGGUCACAACUAUUGGCAGAAUCAUUUGAAUAUAUUGGUCGUGCAGAACCUGAAGCAUUGCAUGGUGGCCUUUUCAUGGAAUUCAAGAAUGAGGAAGCCACGGGCCCUGGCGUGUUGCGGGAGUGGUUUUCUUUGGUGUGCAAAGCAAUCUUCAAUCCUCAAAAUGUGCUUUUCCUAUCAUGCCCGAAUGAUCGUAGAAGGUUCUUUCCUAAUCCUGCGUCAAAUGUUGAUCCACUGCACCUUGACUACUUUGGCUUCUGCGGUCGGGUGAUUGCAUUAGCCCUGAUGCAUAAAGUACAAGUUGGCAUUGUAUUCGAUCGUGUGUUCUUCCUGCAAUUAGCUGGAAAGCUUGUUUCCUUGGAAGACAUUCGGGAUGCAGAUCCUUGCUUGUAUAUGAGCUGCAAACAGAUUUUGGAGAUGGAUGCCAAGUUUUUGGAUUCAGAUGCUCUAGGACUCACGUUUGUCAGGGAAAUUGAAGAGCUUGGAUCUCGAAGGGUUGUGGAGCUCUGCCCUGGAGGGAAGAGCAUUAUCGUAAAUAGCAAGAAUAGACAAGAAUAUGUGAACUGUCUUAUUCAGCACCGCUUCGUCAUAUCUAUCUCCAAUCAGGUUGCCCGUUUCGCUAAAGGUUUUGGUGACAUACUUUGUAACCCUAGGCUUCAAAAAUCCUUCUUCGAAAGUUUGGAACUUGAAGAUCUUGAUCUCAUGCUGCAUGGAAGCGAUCGAGCUAUGUGCAUGAAUGACUGGAAAGCACAUACCGAGUACAAUGGCUACAAGGAAACUGAUCUUCAGAUUGGCUGGUUUUGGAAGGUCGUUGAGGGCAUGUCCGAAGAGCAGCAAAGAAUACUUCUCUUCUUCUGGACCUCCGUGAAUCACUUACCCAUCGAGGGAUUCGGUGGCUUGGCUUCUAAACUAUACAUCUUCAAGACAUCGGACUCUAAUGACCGCCUACCUACGUCACAUACAUGCUUCUACCGCUUGUGUCUUCCUCCGUACCCAUCCAUGGAUGUCAUGCAUCGCCGCCUCGAAGUUAUCACGCGGGACCAUGUGAGCAGGAGCUUUGGCAUUUGGUAGUGUGCAGAUCAGUUGUCCUGGGAACAUGUUUAUAACAAAUUGUACAGGUGCUAGAAAGGGUGAAUGCUGCAGAGAUUCACACCAAGACGAUUGAUGGUUUUCUUCGUGAUACUUAAUGGAUCAUGGUUAGGCUACAAUAAGUCUGAGCUGUUUGGAUUGACGAGUUGUUGGUCAGAGGCCUUCUCAUUUGCACUUGAGAGAUAAGUAUGAAAAUCCACUUCUAGCAUUCCUAUUUACCCGUUCAAGAUCAGGUCAUUCGUCAGGUGGGGUCUGCUGUUAACAUGCAUCGACCCAAGAAUCAGGCUAGCCCGCGCCAUGUCAUUAUGCGUGCUGCGAAGGAAACCCGCAUUCGUCUUGGCGUUAACCUUGGAAUCUCUCAGGUAGGAUCAAAUUUCACAUUUCUAUGUUGGAAAAAAGGGGGGCAUAUGUAAGUAGAGGGGGGGUGCAAAAAAGAUAAAAGGAAAGGCUGCUAUUUCUAUCACUUUGUUUUGAAACAGGAAGUCUUUUUUAUGUUUUGCUGAUUCUCUCAGCUCCUUUUGUCUAGAUAUAAUUUAUAGUUAUGUAUAUGUAGUAGGAAGGAAAGAUCUCA